AUGUCGACACCGGCCGAUACGAACAAGAACACAGUAGAAAGCGGUGCCGAGUCGCCUACAACCGCUAGACCUCUCGAGAUGGAUGACGACGAUGUGCAAGAGACUGGGAUCUUGGGAGGAGAGGGAAACUCCACAACCUCUCCUUCGGGUCAGACUCCCAACACCGCGGCUGUGCCUGCAUCUACAACAGAGAACACAACUCAGUCUACGACAGGGGCAAGGGAUGAAGUCCCCCCUUCGAAACCUCCUCGCCCUCUGACGGAGGCGCAGAAGAAUGAAGCGAUUCUAAAGGAGGCAUUCCCCUCGGUUGACCCGGGGAUUAUCAAAGCCGUCUUGCGCGCCAGCGGGGGUCAAGUCGAGCCUGCAUUUAACGCCCUGCUUGAAAUGACCGACCCGGAAGCCGCAAAUCAGAACGAGCCGCAAGAAGUCCCCCCUCCACAGCCGCCACGACCCCAAGGACGCAGGGAGCUCACCCAGAUGGAGGCGGAUGAGUUGUACGCGCGCCAGCUGGCGGAACACUACGACAACGUUGGAGAAUACGAACAGCGAACAUCAAACCGCGGCGACCCCAGGGGCCAGGGGCAAUAUCCAAACGAGGAGCGAGAGCACAGUUUUAUCGACGAUGACCUUCCGGUGAUUCGUGACCAGUUGCGCCAGGGGUUCGCUGAGACACAGACCAAGGUCAAUGGCUGGAUUGAUAUGCUGAAGAAGCGGAUCGAAGACUCCUUUGACGAAAGCGAAGAUCCCCAUCACCAACAACAAGGCGGUCAUGGUUAUAAUCAAGGUUAUGGUCGGCCGGGUGAGACAAGCCGGAGGAGCGGCGAUUACGACGCCGACCCACAGGUUCUUGGGGACGAUUUUGCGGGGAUGAAGUUGUCCGCCGACGGUACCCCAAUUAACAGGACCGCCCCUUACACUGGAAUUCAGAGGCAACACUCGACCUCCCCUAGGCCCAAGGAAGGUCGCCGAGUUGGUUUCAAGGAGGAGACAGAAGAGAUCCAGUUGUACGAUGCCUCACCUCAAGUGCCGCCAAAGGAUGAUACGGCCAAGACUGGUGCCAAGGCAAGCAAGUGGCAGCCGCUGUCAUCUGUCGACCCCAGCCCAAUUGGAGACAACGACCCUUUCAGUCUUGGUGAUAGUGAGGAUGAGAGAGACCACCCUAAGGACACCAAGGAGAGCAAGCCCAAGACCAAGGAUGCCGGCCAAGAUGACGCUGAAAGGCUGAAGCAGGCUGCUGCAGAAGCAAUGGCCGAUAGCUUGGUUGAGCCCAGCCCGAGCAAGGACGGUGACUCAAGCGCUAAGAAGGCCUAG